AGGGGAAAAGAUAGAAAUUUUGGUAAAUUUUUUUUUCAAGGCUGUGUUUUCCAUUGUAAUUACGAGCUUAGCUCACAGAUUUUCUUAAUUAGUGUAUACAAAAAUCCUUCCUUGGAACCCUAGCAUGAGAAGUGAUAGCUACAAUUAGAGGAUUCAGCUGGAAAAGCUCCCACUUUUAAGGUAAUUCUUGCAAUAGAUUGUGAUUUCUUAAUUUAUUUCAUGAAAUGGCAUUAAGAUGAUUAAAGUUAGUUUUGAAUGGUAGCUUCUGGGCAAAAUUUGGUAUCCAUUGAAAGAUCUUGAUGAGAACUGCGUGGCCCCGGAUUAAUUAGUGAUUGAAAGUUAUAGCUAUGGAAAGCUUUAUCCUGGACAUGUUAAGUUUGGAAAGUUUGAGAGCUGACUUUAUGCACAGUACUUUUUAUUAAAGUUGUUUCUAAACUUAGUUUUCCAACUAAAAGGGGUGUAAUUUUGAUCACUACUAAUUUUAUCUCUCAAUUCAGAUAUUGGAGCUAAAGGCUUUGAGGGAAGCUGAUUUAGAUAUUAGUAGUACAGUUUGGUGUAGUGUUUGGAACCAAUUUAUAUUUGUUUGUUGGAGAAUUAUGAUUCUUCAUAAUAAUGAGUUGGAUUUAUUACUAGGUUAAAUUUUGUAGCCUUGCAUAUCUGUGAACUUUCUUUGCAGAUAUGUGUAAUCUUUUUCAUCUUGUGGGAUGGGCGUAAUGAUUCCCUGAUGGAGCUUUUAUAUGAGGAACUUCCUAAUAUUUGAGCAUGAUAAGUCUUUCAAGUUCAAAUGUUAGGACUAGUUGGGAGAAGGCUUUACAAAAGGAGUAAAGCCUAUAUGUGUUGUGUGACUUACAAGUGGACAAUGACUUCAGUAAUAUGUCAUUUCCCUCCUAGUUCACACAGAAAACAAUGGUAUCAAAAACCCAUCCACUAUCGGUUUUUGGCCAUGUCUCCAUCUAUGGCAUGAUUCUUGUCUAGGGGACAGAGAAUGGAAGAUGAGAAGAAAGGAUUACACUCAACUUACACAAAAUAUCAAAUGGUACUGGAGGAAAGUUUAUCAAGAAUUUUGUAAGAUCUUCAUACUUCAAGCAACAAGAUUCUCGAGAAAUGGCACCAGCCAAAGCAAAGUUGUGUGAGAUAUGUGUUGCAAACAAGUGGAUGUUACCAUCAUAUGAAUGCUCUAAAGAAGAAGGACCUUCUCACAGGAAAAUAUUUACCUUCAAGGUUGUUGUUGAGAUACAAGGAGACUUCAAUACAACUCUGGAGUGCUUUAGUUCUCCUCAAUCAACAAAGAAAAAUGCAGCAGAGAAUGCAGCUGAGGGCGCAUUAUGGUACCUGGGGCAAAUGGGCUAUUUUCCCAAGAACAAGUGAAAAAAUUAUGUUGACUCUUCAUAUAAAAGAAGAAUCUUGAAUUCUUUGAUGUUUCUUUUGUUUUAACCAGCAGAGCACCUAAUACCUGUCACCUGGGAUAAAAGAACUAAUCUUUUCGCCCAAUGCUAAGAUGAUCUUGUACAAUAAAAAGUACUUUAACAGAGCAUUUUUGUACUAGUUUAAACUCAUAACAACACUCAUCUAAUUACUAGAAAGCAUAGCAAACAUACAAUAUUAAGCCCAACAAGUCAAUACAAAACUUUUUUAUAUCUUGAUUCUUAUUCAAGAUCAGGCUCUGAAUUCAAGCAUACUCCUUCAAAGAAACUACAAAUCAGAAGCUAAUUAAUCAAGCUGCACGUAUGUGUUGAAGUUGUUGAAAAUGUUUCUGGGCAACUUUGUUGCUGCUUACUGCAGGAUCAGUCUUCUCACCUCCAGACACUGUCUCUUGAUCAUCAGACGAAAUAAGUAAGCACCUGAGGGCAUGACCAACGAGGGGAAUGUAGGAGAAGAAAGCAAUGGCUACUUU